GGCGUAAUCUCUGUAUCCCCUGUUUGGUUAUUACUGACAGUACCGUAAAUCUAUAGUAUACGUGACAUAAACCUAUACAUAAACUUACAGUAUUGCCAAUAAUAACCGAACUGGAGGUUUAAAAGUCAAGUUUAUAAACAUAAAUGGCGCGCUAAAGUGCACACUUAUAUACACAUAUAAUGAAGAGAAUCCUUGUAGAGAAGUCGAGAUAUUCAUGUUUCUGAUUUAAGUACGCAGCAGAAACAAUUCCAAAAAAUUGUGUUCAUAGGAAACCUCUCGUAUCAGUGUAGUUGCAACAUGUCAUCGAAAAAUCUACGAAGAUCAGCACGAAUUAAAGCUUCUGUUAAAUAUACGGAAAACAGUGAGGAGGAUGCAUCUGAUACACCUGAUAUAUCAAAAUCUGAAGUAGAGAAGAAGCUUGAAGGCAUAAAAGAAGACAUACAGAAACCACAUGAGUUGUUUUCUGAUAAGGAUGUGAGUGGAAGUAAACUAUAUGGAUUUCAAACGCCAAAGAAAAGUAAUAUGAUCAAUAAGGCUAAUCAAUGUCGUGUGUCUCCAAAAAGUGAUACUCCAAAGAGUCUUAAAACACUUUCACCUUUAAGAGUUGUUCUAGAAGAUAUAACAAAGAAGAAUAUAAAAUCGUCUCGGAGACAAUAUUUGCCUAAUAUAGAUUCAAGUGGAGAUGAAAGUGUAUCAGAAGAUAGUGAAUAUGUACUAACAGAUGAUGAUAGUUCGGAUUCUGAUAAAACACAUAGUAGUGAUAAUAACAAAAGUUCUGAUGUAAGCGAAGAAGAAAAUAAUGCUAAGAAAAAAAGCAAACAAAUUGGAAUUGUAAAAAAAUCGCCUCCAAAACGUGGAAUAACAAAUACACCCAGAAAGAUAGUAGUAAAAGGACGUAAAACUACCUCUUACAAAGAUUAUCACAUAAACACUGAUGAAUACUUCGAAUCUCAACCAGGAAAAACAAUUACGUCUGAUCGUACAUUGGGAAGACUACGGAACGCUCCUCUUACCAAGGAAACGAUGAAGGAAUUGUUGAUACAUCAAAAUCAUGUUUCUGCAAUACACAAGAAACGUAUUUGUUUGUUAACAAAAAACUGUAGAUCAUGCUUUCCUAUGUGGCAAUUUAUAAUGGAAGAAGGUUAUAGUCUUCUUCUUCAUGGUAUAGGCUCAAAAAGAAAUUUAAUUAACGAUUUUCACAACGAAGUUAUAGCGGAUCAUCCGUCGUUAAUUAUAAACGGAUUUUUUCCUAGUUUGACGAUAAAAGAUAUACUUACUAACAUAAUCGAGGAUCUGUUAGACUUGGAUUGUCCAACAAAUCCUAAAGAUUGUCUAGAACUUAUCGAGAAGACUUUAAGAAACAAUCCAAAUGAUCGGCUUUAUUUAUUAAUUCAUAAUAUAGACGGGAUCAUGUUGCGUUCCAAUAAAGCACAAAAUGCCCUUGCUAGUCUGGCAGCUGUUUCCAAUAUUCACGUAAUAGCAUCUGUCGAUCACAUUAACGCGCCGCUUCUUUGGGAUCACAUAAAGCGCGCAAAGUUUAAUUUCUACUGGUGGGACGCAACAACGUUUUUACCAUAUCAGGCGGAAACUUCGUACGAGAGUUCUUUGUUGGUUCAGCAAAGCGGUGGAUUUGCUUUGUCUUCUCUCCAAAAUGUGUUCCUCUCUCUCACCACAAACGCUCGAGCGAUUUAUCUAAUUCUCGUAAAAUAUCAGUUGAACAAUAAUAGUAAUAAUUUCGCAGGAAUGCCGUUUAAGGAUCUUUAUCGAGCAGCUCGCGAGCAGUUCUUGGUUAGUUCCGAUUUGGCGUUAAGAACGCAAUUAACCGAGUUUAUUGAUCACAAAUUAGUACGCACAGUGCGAAGUAAACGCGCAAUCGAUGGGGCUGAAUAUCUUUCCAUACCACUCGACAAUGGUCUCCUUAAAAAGUUCUUGGAGCAAUACGACUCAUAAGUUGUUUAAUGAGUUAUGUAGUGGUAAGAUUGAGAUAAUAAAAAAUAUAUGUGUGUGUUUGUAAAUAUCCAGUUAAAAAAUGUGAUUCACAUAAGUAUUUUUAUAUCUGUUUUCUUAACACAUCGUUUGUAUACAUACUCAUGAUUUUAUUAAUAAAAUACAAAA